AUUACAGUGCUGCCAACAGUUGAAAUUGCUUAUAUUCCAGAUAAACAUGUGAUAGUAGGAAAUAAAUUGUAAUACCUAGUUUAAUAUUAAUUAAAAAUAUUGUGUAAAAAAUGGCUGAAGGUACUUACGAAUACGAAUGCAUGAGAGCUGAACUAUUGGGAAUCGAAAAACCAAAUUACGACAUUUUUAUGGAAAAUUUAAAGAAAACUGAGCAAAAGGAGGUCCUUGAGGAAGAAGUCGAUGUAGAAAAUUUGAAGAAAAUCAAUUUGGAACAUGAAGGACUCACAAAAACAUCGGGAAAAUUAGAUGAAGUAAACAAUAUAUUGAAGAAAACCCAGUCGAAAAUCAAUCAAAUGAAGAUAUCCUGCGGAUCUGUAGCGGGUCUGUUAAAAAAUCGUCUGGGAUCGUUUACUUCGCAGUCUUCCUUGGAUGUAGAACAAGUAGAAAACAAAGAAACACCAAAUCCACAAGAAACAACUAAUCCAUAUACUGACACCACCGAAACAUCGACACCUUCCAAAAUCGUUACGUCGAUGAGGAAAAGCGAUUUACAAAAAGGAUUAGACAAGGAUCUCAGCGCAUUGGACGCGAUGAUCGAAAAAGCUGAACAUGCCCAAUACUCGAUGUCACAUCAAACCAAACAGAUGAAGAGUUUUAUAAAAUAGGACACAUUAUUUUUAGCAUAUCCCCUGUAUUUUUUAAUAUAUUGCUGGAGAAAAUAUAAUCAAGCUCUCUUAAUAUAUAUUUUAACGUGUUGAUGUGCAAUAAUUGUUAAUCUAUGCUAUGAUUUUUGAAAAUACUGUUCAUUCUAUAUAAUAUUCUAAUAUAAUUGAAUUAUUCAUAAAA